AUGGGCUCCAUCAAUAUCCCCCAAACCCAGACAGUUGCACUUGUGCGCAGUCUUGGCGGAGAAGUUGAAUUCAAGACCGACUACCCAGUCCCUUGCCCUGGCCGAAAUGAAGUCCUCGCCAAAGUGCUAUACACUGGCGUCUGUCAAAGUGGUGAGUAUGGCCUUCAAAAUGUCCCCAAUUCGAUCCAUUUCGGAUGUCUGAGAAUCUCCGACUCACUUCUUGAUUUCUAUCACCGUAAAGACCUCCACACCAAGUCCGGCACCGCAGCCGGUGCAGACGGAAACCCAAUCACGAAGAUUAAACUACCUCACGUUGGCGGUCACGAGGGAAUAGGACAAGUUGUGGCCCUGGGCCCGGACAUCACACACAGUACGGGAAUCAAAUUGGGUGGGCUAGUUGGAAUCCGCUUUGCAAGUCGGAUCUGUCGCCGCUGUGAAUUCUGCCUUGCGGGCACGGAGCAGUACUGUACCAAUGCGACGAACCAUCUUCAUCAUGAGGAUGGUAGCUUCCAGCAGUAUAUUGCGUUGGAUGCGGACUAUUUGACUGUCUUGCCGGAUGAUGUUGAUCCUAAGGUUAUGGGACCAGUGCUUUGUGCAGGUUUGACGGCAUAUAAGGCGGUGUUGAACGCAAAUGUUCGGCCUGGAAAUUGGCUUGUGGUGGUUGGAGCAGGUGGAGGCCUUGGACACUUGGCUGUGCAAUAUGCCAGAGCGCAGGGUGCUCUGGUCAUUGGCGUGGAUACAGGCCCCGGCAAAGCAGAUUUCGUUCGUGGUAUUGGAGCUCAGGAGUUCAUCGACUUCGCUACGGAAGACCCUAUUGGAAGGGUACAGGAAAUUACUGGCCUGGGAGCACAUGCAGUUGUUGUGACCGCGGGCAAUGCCAAGGCGUUUGCCCAUGCUUGUGAGAUGCUCCGAGUCGGAGGCACUCUAAGCUGUGUGGGAAUCCCGCCUGGGCGGCCGUAUCUCGAGACACCAAUCUGCACGAUUGUGAUCAAGGGACUAAGGAUUACGGGUAACCUGGUUGGAUCUUUGAAGGAAUGCAUGGAAGCAGUUGACUUGGUUCGACGUGGCGUGGUGAAGCCUGUUGUCAAGGUCCGCCCGUUCAAGGAUCUGCCGCAGAUCUAUGAGGAGAUGGAGAAGGGAGAAAUUGCCGGUCGCAUUGUGCUUCAGCUCACAGAGUGA